AUGUAUAUAGAACCAAAUUUCACACGCACGGAGGACGAGACCCAGUUCGUGUGUAACGACUGGAUCGGUGUGGAGCACGGAGACGGCCGGCUGGUGCGGACCCUGCCCCCCGCAGUGGAGUCGGACGUCUCCCUGGGGCAGCGCUUCGGCCUGAAGCUGCGCGAGAAGUUCAAGGACGGGCACGUCUGGCUGUCCGUGGUCACGUCACGGCCGAGGAGCUACUUCACCCGUGUGCAGCGACUGUCGUGCUGCCUGUGUCUCCUGUACUGCAAGAUGAUCACCAGCGCCAUGUGGUUUCCGGAUUCCGAGCAGGGAACAUCCAACGUCGUGCUCACCCUUGGAUCCAUCGAGGACUCGCCGAAGUCGUCUGGCAAGAAGCUACCGUAUUGGUGCCUGUACGUGGGCUGGGCGCUGCUGGUCCUGACCACCCUGGCCUCCGGGUUCUUCCUCCUUCUGUACAGUAUGGAGUGGGGGAGGGACAAGUCCGUCCAGUGGCUCACAGCGUUCGGACUGUCCUUCCUGCAGUCCAUGGUGGUGGUCCAGCCGGCUCAGGCCAUUCUCUUGACCUUUGGAACCACAAUCCUCUGUGCUUGUCGUAACAAGAAGAGCGCUACCAACGACGGUGUGGAUGAGGAUGUCGAAGCGGGAAAACUUCAGCCUGUCGAUGAAACCCUCCCUGCUCAGCCCAAGAACGCCUGGUCAGACCCUGAGGAGACGGAACAGCUGAAGCAGCAGCGCGCCGAGAGGAAGAACUGGCUACAGCUGACCGACAACAGCAGGCGGUGCAUGGUGGGUAUCAUCAUCAUCGCUGCCACCCUGCUGAUGGUCAAUGAGGCGUGGAGUCCUUCCGCCCCUGCCAUCAACCAAGGCCUCACAGCUGGUUUCUUAAAUGGGACCGACUCGGUUAAGGCGCAUGAGGAUGUGCUGCCGUGGCUUGAAGGUGACUUCGCGCAUCAGCUGUACCCAACACAACAGUACAACGGCGACGCGCUGGGCUGGAAGGACGGGGUGUUCAUCAGCAACAUGCCUGCUUACCGUUUGGGACCGAUUCGCCUCGGACAGUUCAGGGGGCACACCGGAAUGUGUGACGUUGCACCGUCGGCUCUCCGCUCCAACCAGACGUGCCUGAGUUCAUACGUCAGCGGGAUAGCAGGCGAGGCCCUCGCGUCCUUCCCAGAGUCGAAGCUCGCAACCUUCAGUCGCGUUGUCCACGGUAAAAGGGCCUCAUACAGUGGACCCGGCUACAGCGUCGAGCUCGGCGAGAUAAAAGCGGAGAUGAUGGAAGCGCUGAAGGUUCUGAAGGCAAACCAGUGGAUUGACCCGUUCACGGCCGCUCUCGUGCUGGACGUCACGCUGUACCACGCCAACACCGACCUGGCCAGCACAGUGUCCGUGCUCUUCGAGUUCCCUCCAACAGGGGGUGCCAUCACGACCCUCCAAGUCGCCACAUUCCCGCUGGCCGCGCGGGGCAUCGCUACCACCAUCCUUUUCGUGGCCAAGGCAGUAUUCGUCGCUUGCCUCCUGUACGUCAUCAUCCGUCUUGGGAAGAAAGCGCGCAAGGAAGGGAGGACCAUCCUGCUCCAGCUCUGGACCAUAGUGGACGUGGCGUCGGUCGUGGCGGCGCUCUACGUCAUCGGGGCGAUCGCGAUGAAGGACGCCUUCGCGGGCAAAGCAAAGGCGUUUAUCCGCCAAGAACUACAGAAGGAGCAACGCGGCUUCGUGGACCUGUCCGAUGUCGCCUUCUGGAGUCACCAGUUGGCCUCCGCUGUCGCCAUGGUGAUGUGGUUCAACCUGGUGAAGAUCUGCAGCCUGAUGAGUGUCAGUGCCCGGGUCCGCACGUAUCUCGAUGUCCUGAUCCAUACCCGCCUGCAGCUGCUGGGCAGCCUGGUCAUCUUCAUCCUGACCGUCGCAGGCUUCAGCAUGUUGGGUCACCUCCUGUUCUGCCCGUACGUGGAGACAUUCCGGUCCCUGACCGCCGCCACAGCCGGCCUGACGUUCCUGCCGUGGGGAGACGUCAGCUACGACGUACUCGCCACGCCCAGCGACGUGGUGGGACCCCUGUUCCUCCUCACCUCCAGCUUCACCCUCCUGUUCCUGGUGCUCAGCUUCACGGCCGGCGUGUUCGUCAGCGCGACGUCCGCCAUGAUGGGCGAGAAGGGCAGGGGGAAGGUCGCCGCGGCACGGCAGCGGAGGGAGAGGCGCGCCAGGGCCGCUAGAGAGGCCGGGGACGCCGCGCCUCCAGCGCGUAACGAUCUGCACUACUGCAACUGCGAUGAGGGCAACGAGUGCUUUGGUCAGACCCACACAGCUGAAACACGGGUCUAA